UCUCUCCUCAGUUCCUUCCUGUCUACACUCCAUCAGAAGAGGAGAAGAACAACCCGGCUCUGUUUGCUCACAACGUCAGACGCCUGAUGGCCAAGGCCCUGGACAUCCCCAUUACUGACUACUCGUUUGAAGACUGUCAACUGGCCAUGGCUGAGGGUCAACUCAGACUCCCUGUUGACACCUGCCUGCUGGAGUUCGCCAAGCUGGUCCGGAGACUGGGGUUGAAGCCCCAGAAUGUGGAGAAGGUACUGCAGGAGUUUGGGAACAGAGCCAGGAAGAUGGAGGGAGAGAAGCUGGGUCUGGAAGCCUUUGCCCACUACCUUGAUGUCCCUGUGUCAGACAUGCUCAGAGACAUCUUCUCCCUCUUCAACGAG